UUCUACUGAUUUACCGAAUGAUGACUUUAAGUUGAACACUAAAAAAAUCUGUCUUAUCAAAAUGUAUCAUACGAUACGUUGUAGGUAAGCGCAGGAAGCACACAUCUCCAUCUUCGUGUGAACUGUUGGUCAUGGGGGAUGUGGGACACCGCUGGCCUGAAAGUACUAGCGUGAAAGUUACUCGAUCAAGAAUGAAGACAUUCCCAGUAGCGGUUGGGCCGUGCAAGCUUUACCAGAAGCCAUCAAUCUCCAGGUGGGUUCGAUGCGGCCCUAUGUGUCUCAGCUGCCCAGUCGGAUCAAGAAACGAUAAUGGCGUCUGGAAAGAAUGCCACUUAAAACUGUUCUCUGACUCUACUUUGAAAAUCUAUGCUGGGUUCAACGGCAGCUCGGAAUUACUAUCCAGAAUGAUUCUUAAACGCAUUUACAAAGAAAUUGUAUUCGGAAAUGACCUCCAGAACAUCAUGAACCGCCCCGAUGUCCCCGAUGUCUCCCAUGGUCUCUGGGACUCCAUCUUGGCCAUACCGGAAGAUCCUUACUACAACGGCAACAUCUGCUGGCUUGACUUCACCACGCAAGAAACUCUCCACAAAUGGCUGGUGGCCAUAUGCAGCACGCUUCCUGUCAAGCAACUCCGGGGCUCGAAACGAUCUCGGUGCACCUUGGAUGUCCAGAAGUCGGCAGAAGUCGAGCAAGUUGGCGAUGAUAUGGGGCUCCAGUCUUACAUAGAUAUAUUCUUCAGGAGAAGACCAAGCUGUGGGAAGGCCAAAAGAAAAGCCGCCUGUUUGAUUGAUAUAUCAAGAACAAGCGUUCAAGAUAAAAAGGAACUUUUGCAGAGCAGCAGCACUGUCAGUGAUGUAUAAACAAGAAACAUCUGUACAAAUAUAACACUUCAAAAAAAAAAGUUAUAAAAAGUUUAAA